AUGGCCGACGCGUCGGGCCUGAAUCACCCUCUGCUCAAAACCCUCAAUGCCGCCCAAAGAAGAGCAGUCACCUCCAAAGCCGACACAGUCGCCAUCCUCGCCGGUCCCGGAAGCGGCAAGACCCACACCCUCACGACGCGUGUAGUCUGGCUCAUCAACCAUUUCGGCUAUCAACCAUGGAACAUCGUCGUCGCCACCUUUACGGUGAAGGCGUCGCGGGAGAUGAAGGAGCGCAUAAGCAAGGCGCUAGGUGAAGAAGCGGCGAGGAAGAUUGUGCUAGGGACGUUUCACAGCAUAGCGAGGCGAUACCUGGCCGUUUACGGAGAAAAGAUUGGGUUAAGCAAGAAGUUUGUCAUUACCGAUGACGGCGACUCGAGAGCUAUUAUCAAGCGGAUAUGCGAGAGGUUGCGCAUUCCGCUUGAUCCCCACGGCGUGAAGGAGUGGAUUAGCAAGAGGAAGGUCAGGGGCCCUUGGGAUGAGCCUGCCAACCCGGGCGAGAAGAAGAAACCUGACAGUCCGGAACACCUCAAGGUGUUUGCCGAAUACAAGGACCAUCUGGAGAGGCACAAUCUUCUCGACUACGACGAUUUGCUCGUCAAGGGUGUAGAGCUCCUCAGGCGGUUCCCAUCAUGCGUGAAGAAUGUGGAAGCCGUCUUGAUUGACGAGUACCAAGACACGAACGGGAUCCAGUACGAGCUCAUGAAACUCUUCGCGAGCGCGAAGAAUAGAAUCACGGUCGUGGGAGAUCCCGAUCAGAGCAUCUACGGCUGGCGAUCGGCGGAGAUUAGAAACCUCCACCGACUGCUAGACGAGUUCCCUCGGACGGACGAGAUUUCGCUGGAGGAGAAUUAUCGCUCGUCGCAGCUGAUUCUGGAUGCGUCUUUGAAGGUCAUACAGCAGGAUGAGACUCGCUAUCAGAAAAUUUUGAAACCCACGCAUCAUAAAGGGACCUUGCCGGUGUUGCGUACGCUUUACUCGUCUCAAACGGAGGGAGAGUGGGUUGUGGGGGAGGUUAAGAGAGUUAUUCUUAUGACUGGACGGAUGUUGAAUUAUGACGAUAUUGCUAUUCUUUUGCGGUCGGCCUCGCUUUCGCGGCACAUUGAAUCGGCGUUGGGUAAAGAAGGUAUCCCGUACAAAAUGGUUGGUGGUCUCAAAUUCUAUGACAGAAUAGAGGUCAAGUUCCUCCUUGACUACCUCCGCGUCAUCUACCAGCCCGACAACAACGAUGCGCUUAUCCGUAUCCUCAACAAGCCAAAACGUGGCAUCGGCGAAGCAACUCUUAAAAACCUUCUAGAGGAGGCCGAGACAUCAAAACUAAGUCUUUGGUACAUUGUACUAAGUCACUGCCGCGGCCAGCGAAAGCUCAAGACUAAAUUCACAAAAACCGCCGAGAAGAACUUAAGUGGCAGCCUGAUCCGAAUCAUCUGCGGCCUGCGACACCGCCUAGAGCGUAGAAACGCCGACGGCGAACCCAGCAUCGGCCUUGUUCAGCUUAUCGAAGAGCUGAUAACACAGCUCGACUUCAGGCAGUACUUGACGGAUACGUACCCGCUGGAGCACGAGCACGAGUCGAGACUCGCUAACGUGGACGAAUUUCUGACUUUGGCGGGCGAUUUUGCGCGCGACCUUGGCGGCGAAGGCGAGCUUCCGCAGGUCGAAGGCGUGGAGCAGCCGUCGACGGAUACCGAUGUACUGGGUAAAUUCCUCACAAAUGUGGCGCUAGCGACGGAUGCGCAGACGAACGACAAGUCUGGAGAGGAGGGGGAGAACAGGCCCGUGGUGACCAUAUCGACGAUUCACGCUGCCAAGGGCCUGGAGUGGCCGGUGGUUUUCGUGCCCGCCGUGUAUACAGGGUCACUGCCGCAUUCAAGGUCGGAAGACUCGGCUGAGGAGCGGAGGUUGCUGUACGUGGCGAUGACGAGGGCGCAGGCGUUGCUCUAUCUCAGCGUGCCGUGGCACACGAACUCCUGGGAAAGAGAAAGGGUCAGCAGGUCCCUGUUCCUUCCGGACGACAUCAUGAAGUACUUUUCCACGUUUGGGCCGUCGUUCGACGAUAAGGUGGUCGAGGCGAUGGCUAAGAUACUGGGAAGGAAGGCACCGUCCAUGGCGGACACGUUCAAAAAGCUACCGGAAAUGUUCGCCAUCGAGGAUGAUCGGCAACCCGAGUUCCCGGCUGGCUACGAUCGGCCAGCGGGGCACGUCUCCAGGGAAAUUCCAGGCGGCGGCUACGCGCGGAAGCGGCAGUCGUGGUCGGACCCCUUUAACCCCACCAACCCACCAAGGAACGGAUCCGCGUGGGACACCAAGGGGUAUACGUCCGCGUGGCAGAAGGAUUACACGACAACGAUGGAGAAGUCUUCCCAGUUUACCAUGGCAGCAGCGUUGCCGGGGUUUACGACGGCGGGAGCACACCAUACCGCUCUAGCAUCCGUCGGCGCCGGCAGCGGGCCAAAGGGAGCGGGGCGCGGUCAACAGCAGCAGGGACGCCAUCAGGCCGCAUCAACCAAGAGGCCGGCGAACCAGCCCACUCUCUCCAGCUUUUGUCGGCCGAACAAUACCGCCACUACCUAUCCGUCUACUGUAAAUAGGCCCGUGACGUUGAAGCGGCCGCCGGACGACGCUUGGGAUGACGAUGAUUUCUUACGGGGCGUGCCGCGGAAAAGAAUCGUUCAUCCGGGACAGGUGGAGAACUCGUUCAACCAGCCGCUGUCGGAAAAUACGAUUAGGGAGUUGACGAAACGCGGACUGCAGGACGUGAAGAGGCGUGUGCAAGCGCGCAGGUCGCUUGUGGAAACAUCACUGCCACCUAUAAUCACUAUUAAAGACGACGACGACGACGACGACCCUGACGUGGAGAUUGUCGAAGUCAGGAAAACCACUGAGCAGAAAAAGAAGACGACGACGAAAUACCCCGGCUUCUCAAGCUCACCGCCGCGUCCCGAACCGUCAGAAAGGCCGCCCGUUAGAGCCGCGCUGGAGGCGGCUAAGGAUACGUUUCAGAACCGGGUGAUAACGGGACACGGCGUGCGGCGGCCCGUGAGUUUCCACGCGACGACGAUGGGGAACGCGACGACGGCCGCCAAGUUUGGACGCAUUGGGGCGGGAGAACUGGCUCCGUUGGCGCCCAGAAUUAACAACAAGUAUGGGGUGGGCGUUGUUUCGGCUCUGGGGAGGCAAGAGGGUUUGAAGCCUAUGGAGAAGUUGACGAAACCGUUUAAGCCAUUGACUGUGGAUAGGAAUGGGAAUUUGGCAAGGGGUCAAGGGAAGAACGUUCGGCGUUUUUAG